AUGGAUCUUCAAGGUCAUGGUCUUUUUGCAAACCUGCGAGCGAUAUCUCGAGGCCACAACUGGACAGGUGCUGUACAGCUCCUGGAGCAGGCACUCGCCAAAACGCAUUCCGUCAGUGAAAGAAGCUACGGUACAGCGAUUGCCGCUUGUGAUAGGGCUUCGCUUUGGCAGCAAGCACUUCGAUUUCUCGCACAUGCCAAUGUGCCGAAUCUAAUAUUAUGGAAUGCCACCAUCAGCGCUUGCUCCCGCGCACGACGCUGGACGACAGCAUGUGCUCUCUUGGAGCAGAUGCUGCGAACAAAGCUGUGGCCAGACGUGAUCACCUUUAACUCGACUAUGCGAGCUUUUGCUGGCACAGGCUCAAGUACAAGCCGGUGGCAAGCAGCCUGCUUGCUGUACCAACAGAUCCGCGAGAGUUGCUUGCAUCCCAGCAUCCAGUCCAUCAGCACCGUGACGGGUCUUUGUGGUCAAGGAAAUGCAUGGCACGCGGCCUUGGCGUUCUUGAAUGAUGCUACAGAAGAGUCUGUGCCCAUUGACGCGGCAUGCUACAGCUCGGUACUGGUUUCUUGUGCACGUAGUCGACGAUGGCAGCGCAGCCUGCAAAUUUUCUGGGGGUUUGCAGAUAAAAUUUCACCUGACCUGGUCUGCUUCAACGCCGCGAUCAGCGCUUGUGAGCGAGGAGGUGACUGGAUAAGUGCUCUUUCGUUGCUCCAGAAGCUACACUCGUAUUGUCUCCAACCUGAUCGGAUCACUCUCAAUGCUAUUAUCAGCGCAUGCGAGAAGGGCUCCCAAUGGCAUGCCGCUGUGGCCAUGCUCAGUUUGCCGGGCACCGCAGAACAACUUCGCAAAUCUCAUGCAGGACCGCCAUGCGUGAUGGAGGGCAUGCAUGCUGAUGCCAUCACUUUUACCGCUGUUCUAUCUGCCUGCGCCAAGAGCUCAAUGUGGCAGGAUGCGUUGCAUACCCUCCAGAGGCUGCGACAUCAUCACAUGCGCCCGGGACCACUUCACAUAGCGACGGUGCUGGAUGCAUGUGCCCCAGACGGGUCCCGGAGAAGAAGCAGCAUCGUGUCCAAGCUGGUCACAUCCCUGCAAGAGUCGAUCCGGUGCAUGCUGCAACAACGCGAAGGAAUCAAUGCAAUGGAGUCGCCUCGCACACAGGCAAAGUGCCAGGAGAUUACCAAGCACAUUGUUGCCGGCAUGGAAUGUCUGUCUCGUCACACAACUGCUUGUGAAAGGCAAGGUUUGGAAGCACUCUUCGACAAGAUUGUCUAUCAGCCUGUCCUCGAACGUUUAAACUGUCUGAUCGCAGAAGCUGAUGCGGUAGCGCGGGAAGCAAUCCUUAGGGAUGGCCAGUUGGAAGAGCUCUACGGGUUCGGAGCACGCUACACCAGCAAGGCGUUGGUGGAUCUUGGGCUAAGUGCUUCCGACCCCAGCUGGAGCGCGAUGGCACAAAAGUUGACGCGGCAGGCAUUGUGGUCCCGUAGUUGGCAGCGGAAGAAUGCUGGUCUUUGGCCUGCACGUGCGUCAGCGCAAACACUGGUUGUUUGGUGCUCUUACGAGAUUUAUGACGAGUCAGGACUCGUCUGCGAAAACGAAGGGAAGCUGUUUUAUUCUGCAUCGAAGACAGACGCGACAGAGGCUGGUGAGGCUCCUGGAUUGUCAGAGCUCUUGUUGGCUUCCGUAUUCGUGGAGCACGAUCGCUCGAUGCAUGCCGAGCGUCAUGCCCUGUUGGAGGUUGCAAGCAGGGUUGAACGGAUUCGGACAGGGUCACGCGAUGUUCAUGGCUAUGUGCGCCUCUAUGCGGUCCACACCCCUUGCAUAUCUUGCUUAGCAGUAUUUUGCCAAUUCCGCAGCCUGUUUCCACAAGUUAUUCUCCACGUUCAGUUUGAUGACUGGUCCGCCACUCGAGAAGCGCUCGUUGAAACAGGCGGGCGGCAUUCAAACUUUGCUUGA